AUGGAAGAAAUUAUCAACGAGGGAGUAAGAAGAUCAACUGCAGUCUAUAAUCUAAGCGAAACUGACAAUUUUAACUCAUAUCAGGAAGUGGAUAGUGAGGACUUGGAUAGUGAAGAAUUAGACGGUAGUGACGAUGCGAAUGAUUCAGAUUCAUCAAGCGAUGCAGGUGCUGAUGGUCAAAAUAAUGAGGCAAAUUAUACGGAGGAACAUACUCCUAGUGCGCCAUGGUUUGCAACUGAAGAUGUCACCAACAAUGAUCGCAAUGGAAAAUUGUUGAUCGCAAUGGGGUUCGAUUCAAAUAACCAUCAAUAUCCACUUGCUUAUGGCCUUGUUGAUGAAGAAACAACAAUCAAUUGGUCAUGGUUCUUACGUUUACUCCGAAGAUAUAUAUGCCAGGAUAGGAGAGGAGUAUGUAUAAUUUCAGAUCGUCACGCUGGAAUUAUUGAAGCAAUGAAAAAAGAUCAAAAUGGUUUCACCGGUGACAUGGGUAUACACCGUUUUUGUCUUCUACACAUUCGUAGUAAUUUCAGUUCAGCAUAUCCUGGAACACAUUUGAAGAUGUUAUGUUGGCUAGCUGGAAAUACAUCUCAAGUGAGAAAGUUCGAUGCAGCAAUGAAGCAAAUUAAAGAGCUCAAUCCUGAUGCAGAAAAAUGGCUUCGUAAUAUCCCGCUUGAGAUGUGGACAAUGUCUUUUGAUGGAGGACAUCGUUAUGGGCAAGCAACGACAAAUAUGAUCGAAAGUUUCAACGGAUGUAUAAGAUCUGCUCGUUUUCUGCCGGUCACAUCAAUGGUGGAGUAUUUAUAUUAUCGCUCCGUAAAACUUGUUGCAGAAAGACGUACACAGACCUUAAAUGAUCUCCAAAAUGGUCAUAUUUAUUGCCAGAAAUCAAGAGAGCUAUUCGAAAAUAUUGAAAAGAAGGCAUCAGCACACAAAAUCAUCCCGUAUAAUGAACAAAGAGGAAUUUUCGAAGUGACUACUGCUCGUUACAAGACUCAGAAGGGGUAUUGGAAAGGUGGCAACAAGCAUACAAUUGACCUUGGUAAAGGCUUUUGCUCUUGUGGAAAAUGGAGUCGAUAUCAUUCCCCAUGUUCGCACAUAGUUGCGGGUUGUUUGAUGUGCAGUCUUGAUUGGAAACAAUAUAUUGAACCAUCUCAUAGUUUGACAACAUUAUAUGAGAUGUGGAAAUAUGAAUUUUUUCCACUCGCUAAUCAAGCUUAUUGGACAUUUCCACUGGCAAAUAAUUGGGAAAGAUAUGGCACGCUCUUUCCAGAUGAGAAUUUGAAGAAGAAGAAAAAUAAACGAGGAUAG